CGCAUGCUUGGGAACGGCAACGGCUGAAAGCGAUUCCUAGCGAUAGUGCGCCGUUCUCGUCUCACCCCCGACCAUGUCGAAGUUCGGGACGAAGAAAAAGAGCAAGCACUGGGCCGAACGCGCACGCGAAGUGUCAAUAUGCCGCGACGACGAGAAUCAUUUCAACGUCACGAUCGAAGGCGGUGCGGACAACGCCGAGUUUCUCUACAUGGGCGAGAUGCGACACGAUAGGGUCCUCUACAAGGGCACUGGCAGCAAGUUGCAUCCCGAUGACAUCAUUUUGGAGGUCAAUGGCAAGCGAGUGUCUGGCCUUAUUCGCAAAGACGUCAUCUCGCUCAUAAAGCGUUCGGCUGACCCGCUGCGUCUGAGGGUGACUAAACCAGGAAUCUCCCUCGGCAAGGAUCUCGCGCACUAUUUGUCUACACGAUUUCAGAAGGGCUCGAUCGACCACGAGCUGCAGCAGACAAUUAGAGACAAUUUGUACACGAGAACAAUUCCAUGUACUACCCGUCCACCCCGCCCUGGGGAGAAAUCUGGAGUUGACUACACAUUCCUGUCAGUGGAGGAAUUUUUGGUGAUGGAAAGGAGCAAUAAUUUAUUGGAGAGUGGAUUGUAUGGUGGCAACUACUAUGGAACUCCAAAACCACCAAGUGAUGCUGCCUCACCAACAGUUGAACGGAAGGGGGAAAUUGCUGAGCGAUUUGGACGUCAUGCUAGGAGUCCACCUAGAGGAGGAUCACGUUCUGGUCCACCUGGUCCUUCUGCUUCUGGUGGUUCUAGUUCUGCUGAACCUCGUCGAGCUCCUGAUCUUCCACCUCUUGGUCCUCUGCCGCCAAAUUGGGAAGUUGCAUAUACAGAAGACAAUGAGAAAUAUUUCAUAGAUCACACAACCCAGACCACUCAUUGGCUGGAUCCACGCAUUGCUGCCAUGCAGCAAGAUGGGCGUCUGAAGAUAUCCGGUGAUGGUGAUGUACCCUAUGGCUGGGAAAAAGCACAUGAUCCCAAGUUUGGAACAUAUUACAUUGACCACAUCAAUCGCCGGACAUCAUUUGAAAAGCCAUCUAGAAAUCCAGAGAGGGCUGCGCCUCCUCCACCUACAGCUGUAGAGGCAGCUGCUGAGGCAAAGCGUCGUGAAGCAGAAGCUGCAAGGCGAUGGCCACAUGCCUACCAGGAUGAUGAAGAUGAUGAGGAUCCUACUUCUCCUGGUUGGCAGAAUGGGCAAAGUCCAAGUCGUGUGAAUAAUCAAUUUUCUCCAGACAGAGAACGAGACCAUGAGGCUGUACAGUCAAAAAACCAAACAUUACACAUGAGCUGUGAUGACAGUGGAAAAUCAGGCUUUGAAGAUGACAUAGCAUUGGAAGCACAACUCAAAGGAGAGGUCGUGCAUGCAUCAUUGAAAAAGAGUCCGCAAGGGUUUGGUUUUACCAUUGUUGGUGGUGAUUCACCUGGUGAAGUGCUUCAGAUAAAGAGCAUUGUUAAGAAUGGCAUUGCAGCCAGAAGCGGCAAACUUCAAAUCGGUGAUGUUCUUGUUCGAGUCAACGGGAGAUUUGUAUUGGCUUACAGUCACCAUGAAGUUGUGCAGCUUUUCCAGGGAGUCCAAGUAGGAGGUGAUCUCACUCUGGAAUUACGACGUGGAUAUGAUCUGCCAAUAGAAGGAGAUAAUCCCGAUGCUCCUAUUACACCAAUCAGAUUGAAACCUGUUCCCCCUCCUUAUCCAAAAGACUCAAGGCACAGGCAUGGUGAACCUAAAUCUGUCCCAAACAACGUUGAGCCUCCCUCUCCUUUGUCUUCAGUUCCAGCUGAAGAAGGGCGGAAAGUAGAACUGUUGCAAGCGACUAUUACCAAAGGUCAGUAUGGAUUUGGCUUCACUGUUGCUGAGACAACUCAAGGCCAGAAGAUCAAACAGAUUAUGGAUCAGGUGAGAUGCCACCAACUGAAAGAACGAGAUCUACUCGUUCAGAUCAAUGGACAGAAUGUGAGGAACUACAGUCAUAGUGAUGUAGUGGGUAUUCUGAAACAGUGUCCAAAGGGCAACAAAGUUACAUUUGUGGUAGAAAGAACACUAGAGGGAAAGAAAGAGUCUAACAUUGGUCGACAGCAGCAUCAGACACAAAACAAUCAGAUGCAUUUUCCGUCGGGACAUUUAGAGGAUGCGUUCCAUGAAGGAGCUCCACCAGGUGAUGUCCAGAAUGAUGAUGGUGACAUGAUUUACGUUACGAAAGAAGUUGAACUUCGAAGACAGGCACAAGGAUUUGGAUUUAGACUUGUUGGGGGCCACGAAGAAGGAACACAGGUGUAUAUUGGCACUAUUGUUCCCGGUGGUGCUGCAGAUCAGAGCGGUCAGCUUAAAGUCGACGAUGAGAUUAUGUUUGUCAAUGGAACGUCGUGUGCCAUGGCUACUCACAAGGAUGUAGUUGGACUUUUAAGUGAAGGUGGAAGAAUGGGACAAGUUCAUAUUCAACUUCGAAGAAAAGUACACAAAUCAGCUGUGAAUGAAGAUGAAGACAACAGGAGCGCCGCAUCCUCGUUUUCUGAUUCUGGAGGACUUCGUGAAAUUGUUCUUGAGCGUCGACCAGAAGGUGGCUUUGGAUUUGUUUUGCAGUCGAGUGUGAAGGAAGCAGGAUGCACAAUAUGUCGUAUCAUUCCAGAGUCUCCAGCUGAGUUUUGUAAAAAGUUGCAUGUUGGAGAUCAUCUUCUGGCUGUCAAUGGGAAAGAUGUCACAAGACUGCAUCAUACUGAUGUGGUGGGAAUUAUCAAGAGGUCGGGACUGAGAGUGACUCUGCAUGUUGAUCAACCAGACGAUGCUUCUCUCAAUGAAGCAGAGCAAAUGGUUGAUGGUGAGCAGAACGAGCAUUUUCCAACACCUCCGCCUCCACCACUUCCUCCACCAGAAGAUUUGGAGCAACCUGUUGUUGAUGGGUAUCACACAGUUCAGUAUGACAGACAAGGAGGACAUGGAAUUGAGGAGGACAGACAGCCUGUGGAACAAGGAGAACCCUGGCAGAUUGUAAGGAAAGAUUCUCGUGGUCGUUAUGAAGCAAGAAAUGGUGAACCCGAGAGAGGUCAAUUUGGCUAUAACAGAUCUUGGAACGAAGCAGAUGGUCCUGGUAGACAUCGUUCAGACAGACAAAGGCACAGGGACAGUCCACCACGACAGCAGCAGCAAGGAUACGAGUGGAACAGAAGAUCACCACCACAACAUAAUCACGAUCGGUUUCGAGGUCACGAGGAUCGAGGAGGACGAGGAUCACGCAGACGAGAUAUGCAGUCACCUGAUCAACGUGAUUAUGACAGAGGGCCGAGAAGGGAGAGGCAAGACAGAAGGGAACCUCCUCGCUAUCCCCAAGGCGAUCAGAGAGACAGAUACCAUGUUCACGUUUUGAACAACAGACCGAAUGACUACCACGGUCACUCACCCGAUCGUCAGAGAUACAACUUGGAUCAACGUGCUAUGUCGGAUGACCCUGAGGUUGAUGCCAACUUUGAAGAUGGUCAGUAUGAUGAGGAUGUUAUAGAUGUGGUUCUGAAGCGAGAUCAGCAGCAGGGAUUUGGGUUCAGCAUUCGAGGUGGACGUGAGUAUCAGAACACACCUUUGUUCAUUCUCAAGAUCGCAGAAGAUGGAGUUGCACACAAGGAUGGUCGAUUGAGGGUUGGAGAUGAAAUACUUGAAAUCAAUGGAGAAGGAACUGCUGAUAUGAGGCACACUGAAGCAAUCUCUCUUAUUAAACGUGGAGGUGAUGUGGUACGAUUGAAAGUCGUACGACCCCCACCACAGCUUGAUAGACAUGUGGCAGAUGGCCAUAUUGCCAACUCUGCACCUCCUCGACGUGGUGGUGGUGACAGAAGAGACUAUUCUCCACCACGUCAGCAUCCUUCCAUCAACCAGGCAGUUGACAAGUACUAUGACCAGUACAUGGAUUCAGUGAAACACAGGCAAGGGCAGGGUGAUGCUGGUUACCAUAAGCAAAGCUACAAAUACAACCGGGGAAUGGGAUACAAUGCACCGUGAAUAUGCCUAAGAAGCUUUUCAAGUAAAGCACUUAUUGAUAGCAAUUAGUAAGCAUUGUUGGUUGAGUUUGGACGGAUUGCGUCUUCUCUUAUUUCAAGCUAUUGCGAGCCUGUAAUGCUGGGCACAUUAGCCACCAGGGAUGUUUUUAACCUUUUAACUGCAUGUCGGGUUUCCUGAAAGUAUAAAAGUUAGGUCAGGUAGGUAGGUUUUAGGUGAAGUCUCACCGUAUAUUGUAGCUCUUUUGCAAUCCGUGCUGUGCAGUGCUAGUUUUGAAGAAUAAUUAACUGGUGGAAGUAGUUACUACCUGCGUAUUGCAAUAUCGUAUUGUCUUGUGUAACAAGUUGCCAAGUUGCUCAUGCAGUGUA